AAGUAUAAUGAUUUGAUCUGAUUUGAUUUGAUCAUGUCAAACUGUUAAAAGAUUUGUCCGGGAGCUAAUCCGUUAAUUAAGAUUGACCAUGACCAAAACUAAUUUAAUUAAUUAAUUAUUAACAUUUAUAUAAAAGAGUAUAGAAUUUAACAUUAUCCAAAUUAAUUGCUGUUCAUCUUCUUCAUCCGAAUCAAAAUCCCCAACAAAAAGCCAAGAUUCUCGAGAUACACGCAAAAAGAGCCUUCAGUUAGUAGCUUUCCAUCUGGUGCUGGCACUGAUCUCCGAGUUAGUUCUACGAUUACAAUCAAAUGGCGAAGCAGCACGAUGGGCUCCCGAUACCGGUGUUUUCAUCACUGGAGCCUGUCUACGGCGACGGCUCCCCGCUCGAGGAGGCCCAGCUUCGAUUUGACAAUCUCAAGUCCAAGUUUCUCGAGGUUUUCGGCCAUCCUCCUCACGUCUUUGCUCGCUCUCCAGGAAGAGUGAACUUGAUCGGAGAGCACAUUGACUACGAAGGUUACUCGGUGCUGCCGAUGGCAAUACGGCAAGACACGAUAGUGGCAAUCCGAAAGCACGAUGAGGGAGACGCAGAAAAGGUUCUCAAAAUUGCUAAUGUCAAUGAUAAGUACACCAUGUGCACGUAUCCCGCUGAUCCUGACCAGGAAAUUAACUUGAAGGAUCACAAGUGGGGCCAUUAUUUUAUUUGUGGGUACAAAGGCUAUUAUGAAUAUGCUAAAUUAAAAGGAGUUAAUGCUGGUUCACCUGUUGGACUUGAUGUUCUUGUGGAUGGAACAGUUCCUACAGGAUCUGGAUUAUCAAGCUCUGCGGCAUUUGUUUGCUCUUCCACAAUUGCUAUCAUGGCUGCUUUUGAUGUGAACUUCCCAAAGAAAGAAAUUGCCCAACUUACAUGUGAAUGUGAACGACACAUUGGAACCCAAUCUGGCGGAAUGGAUCAGGCAAUCUCUGUAAUGGCCAAAUCUGGGUUUGCGGAGUUGAUUGAUUUCAACCCUAUUCAAGCUACUGAUGUGGAACUUCCUGCUGGUGGGAUUUUUGUAGUAGCCCAUUCUCUGGCAGAAUCUCAGAAAGCAGUCACAGCUGCUACAAAUUACAAUAACAGGGUUGUUGAAUGCCGGCUGGCUGCUAUUGUGCUUGGUAUAAAGCUGGGAAUGAAACCAAAAGAGGCAGUAUCAAAUGUGAAAACACUUUCGGAUGUUGAGGGGUUGUGCGUGUCAUUUGCCCGUGAUCGUGGAUCUUCCGAUCCUGUCCUUGCUGUCGAGAAAUUCCUGAAAGAGGAACCAUAUACGGCUGAAGAGAUUGAAAUAAUCAUGGAGGAAAAGCUUCCAUCAGUUUUUGGUAAUUCUCCAACUUCUCUCGAUGUGUUGAAAGCUGCCAAGAACUUUAAGUUGCAUCAGCGAGCUGCUCAUGUGUAUUCUGAGGCCAGGCGAGUAUAUGCCUUUAAGGACACUGUGGCAUCAGAGUUAAGUGAGGAGGACAAGCUGAAGAAGCUUGGUGACCUUAUGAACGAGAGCCAUUACAGCUGUAGUGUUUUGUACGAAUGCAGCUGUCCUGAGCUGGAAGAACUUGUAAAUUUAUGUCGGGAACACGGUGCCUUUGGGGCAAGACUUACAGGAGCUGGAUGGGGUGGUUGUUCAGUCGCUUUGGUGAAAGAGAGCAUUGUCCCACAGUUUAUCCUCAAUUUGAAGGAACGAUUCUACCAGUUGAGGAUUGACAAAGGGAUCAUUAACAAGAACGAUCUUGGCCUGUAUGUGUUUGCAUCCAAGCCGUCAAGUGGUGCUGCCAUCUUCAAGUUUUAGUAUGUGUCACUUGCUCGCCCUUUUGCUUUUAUUGGGUAGAGAAACGGCGUAAAGAAUCUCGUCCAGUUGAAUAAAAUCUAACGACAUAAUUUUAGAAUUUUUUUGUGGAAUGGACUUUUAUCGACGUCCUUGUCACAAAUCCUAAGGUUGGCCGAAAAUAAACAAGAAUACGGCCUAGAGUUUGUUGGCUGUGAAAGGAAAUUACCAUUGAUACCAAA